AUAUAAAAACUAUAAAAAAAUUUACUAGUAAAAUAUCAAAAGACUCAAAAACAGUUCAAAUUCAGGAAAACUUGAAGAGCACAUCAGAAAAUGCUGAAAGACUAGAAAAAUUAGAAAAACCAGAAGACCAGAAAGACCACAAGAAAUUUCAUCAGAAAAUCGCUAAAAUACAAAUUAAUUAG